AUGUAUUUCCUUUCCAUACUGUGUUACGCGCAUCUUCUGUCUUACGCACAAGCAGAACGCUGCUCCGGAGCACCUCUUCCAAAACUUCCAGAACCAGCUCCAGAUAACGCAACAUUUUUUGAUCCGGAACCUUUUAUGUUCCGACCCAUAACACGCAGAAUGACCAACUUCAAGAUCGAAAUUGUCAGUGAUCCGGUGUGUCCCUGGUGUUAUAUCGGAAAGAAGAACCUCGAUAAGGCUAUCGAUACCUACCAGUCUUCGCACCGGGAGGAUACAUUUACUCGAUCAUGGAAACCCUUUUAUGUCAAACCUCACUCUCCUGAAAAAGGAGUUCCUGUACUUCCCAACUUGAAAAAACAGUACGGAGAGACAAUGGCGAAUGUGAUGACGGAGAGAGUAAGAGGACUAGGCGCCGAAGCAGGCAUAGAUUUUAAAUUCGCCGGUAAGACAGGUAGAACGCGAGAUGCACACCGUCUUAUCCAGCUGGGAAAAUUGAAGUCUCCACAGAUGCAAACUCGGGUAGUAGAAGAGCUUUUCUCAGCCUACUGGGAAGGAGAGGCGGAUAUCACUAGUCACGCAGAUCUCGCGCAGGCUGGUGUCAAAGCCGGGCUUGAUGAAGAGGAAGUGAAAGAGUGGUUGGAGAGUGGUAGUGGGGGAAAAGAAGUCGAUGCGGAGGCUGGCUCGGCACAUGUUAAUGGGGUGCCGAAUUACAGAGUGGGGAAGUUUACUGUUGGGGGUGCACAAAGUCCAGCGGCUUUUUUGAAGAUAUUUAACAGGAUUAAAGCGACGGAGAAUGGAGAGCCCGAAGGAUGGGGCUCAUGUAUUGGUCAGUGA